CGGACGACGUUGGUGUCCACGUUUUUGUCCGAUAAAAAAAUGAAAAGCGAAGACUUUAAAAAUAUAUAUAUUAAGUUCGAAAGAAACAGGGAAGAUGAAUUGGUCAGAAGCGCUGUCAACAGCCAUUUAUAAACCGCAAAUUCAAGCACAAACAGGAAAAGGGAAGAAGCACAAAGGAAGUGGAGUACAGAGCUGGGCUAAACUAAUGGAGUUCUGAAAUCAUCAAGCUUUUCUCUUCGUUUUUUUUUUUCGAUUUUCAAGAAAAACACCGCCACCAAGGUCUCAUUAGGCAGCAUUUUUUGCAUGAACUCCAUCACAUAUAAUCUUCUUUUGAAUUAAUCAUGUGCGCUUUCAAGGCUUGCUUUUGCUUGAAGAAAGUUAGACAGAAACCUGGGUAUGAAGAUCCUAUCAUUCUUGCUUCUGAAACACCUUUUACCGUGAAUGAAGUAGAAGCUUUACAUGAUCUGUUCAAGAAGUUAAGCAGCACUAUAAUUGAUGAUGGUCUGAUUCACAAGGAGGAAUUCCAGCUUGCACUUUUUCAAAACAGCAGUAAGCGGAAUCUCUUUGCGGAUAGAGUAUUUGAUUUAUUUGAUGUUAAAUGUAAUGGGGUUAUCACAUUUGGAGAGUUUGUUCGGUCUUUAAGCAUCUUCCAUCCCAAUGCUCCAGAAUCAGAUAAAAUCGCAUUCUUAUUUAGAUUGUAUGACCUACGACAGACUGGCUAUAUUGAAAGUGAAGAGUUGAAAGAGAUGGUAUUUGCUCUGCUUAGUGAAUCAAAUCUGGAUCUUUCCGAUGAUGUAGUGGAAUCAAUUGUGGAAAAGACCAUGAUGGAGGCAGAUAUGAAAGGAGAUGGGAAGAUUGAUGAAGAAGAAUGGAGGGAGUUCGUGAAAAAGAAUCCGUCUAUCAUAAGGAACAUGACUCUUUCAUAUUUGAAGGAAUUAACGCUCGCGUUUCCCAGCUUUGUACUGAACAGUGAAGUCCCAGAUUAGAAGUAACAGAUGAAGAUGACACACUCAAUCGAAUUUUCUUUCAACAUGCUAACAAGUUUGAGAAAAAACCUGUAAUGGAGAAGUAGGAUGUGUUUGUGGUUGCAUUUGAAGAGGCCUCAAAAGGAUGGAAAGGGAGUAGAACCCCAUAGUUGUCUGCAACUUUGAAUAAUAGCCUCCUCAUGCAUGAUUCAAUCAAAUAUUUCAUGUUGGACUUGUAUAUCUAUAAUUCACAUUGUUUCUCUUCUUUUUGAGCUGAAGUGACUGAUUUUCUUGUCGUUUGUUGUA